AUGCAGGUACCGAGUCGGGCCGAUAUUCGUCUACCGAUUGAGGCUACGGUACUAUUUCGCAUUUCUUUACCCUUGCCGAACGGCGGGAUUGGGAAUCGACACUGGGAGCAUUUGGACGGGUUGCCGCUUGCCGACCCCAAGUAUUACUUCCCUCGCUCGAUCGACGUCCUCUUGGGCGCAGAGGUAUUCGUCUCGAUUCUUCGUGAUGGUUGUCGAAAGGGAGGAGGAGGAGAACCCGACGUCUUCAACACAAUAUUCGGUUGGGUGCUGAUGGGCGCGGUCUCCCCUCACUCUCCGAGAGUCUCUCAUUCCUUCAUGACGACUCUCGAUUCAAUUGAUGACGCGGUGGGUAGAUUCUGGCGACUGGAGGAAAUCCCUGAUUCUCCUUCUGGCUCUAAGGAAGACAUACGCUGCGAGGAGUUGUUCAAGCAAACUACUCGUCGUGAGUCAUCUGGUCGUUUCGUGGUAUCGUAUCCCUUUUCAAGGGAUCCACCUUGCUUUGUUGAUUCUCGCUCUAUAGCACUCAAUAGAUUUCGUUCGCUCGAGCGUCGUUUCAAAGCGGACGUCACCUUCAAGACUGAUUACUGCAACUUCAUGCAGGAUUAUCUUGACAGUGGGCAUAUGGAACUAAUAGAGCGACCCUACCCAGUCGACGGGCCGAUCUAUUAUCUGCCCCAUCAUGGCGUAACAAAGCUCGAGAGUAGUACCAUGAAGUUGCGCGUUGUGUUCGAUGCCUCUUCCAAGUGUACCAUUGGAAUUUCGUUGAAUCAGACCCUGUUAUGCGGACCUAAACUGCAGCAGGAUCUGAUGGCAAUCUUAAUUCGUUUUCGUAUAGGAUCGAUGGCCCUGACUGCCGAUGUAAAACAAAUGUUUCGUCAAGUGUGGAUUGAACCGGGUCAACGCGACUAUCAGAGACUGACUGUCACCUUCGGAAUCGCUCCUUCUCCUUACUUCACAAUCCGUUGCUUGCUUCAACUGGCCGAGGAAGGUAGAAUCGGCUACCCGCUGGCGUCGGACGCGCUAAUGUCGUCGCUGUACGUCGACGAUAUCGUCACUAGCGUUCAAUCUGUUGAAGAGGCGCGCGAUCUCUGGAGCCAGUUGCAGCUGUUGCUGAGAAGGGGUCGCUUUCUCCAAAUUCUGGGACUCCAUUGGUGCUCUGAGUCGGACAGCUUCGGAUUUCGAGUCAAUCCGCUGGCCCAGGACUGCUCCAAGCGCACGAUCCUCUUGGAGCUGGCUCGCAUUUUCGAUCCUUUGGGGUUCCUGACUCCUGUGACAUUCACGGCCAAGCGAUUGAUACAGCAGCUGUGGAUUUUGAAACUUGACUGGGAUUUGCGGCCCCCGUUGGAGGUGUGUCAGCGUUGGGAGAGGUACCGAUCCGAAUUGGCCGUCUUGACCUCGCUUCGGAUGCCUUGUUCCUUGUCGUGCAGUAAUGUGAUUCGUCGUGAACUACAUGGAUUUUGCGACGCCAGUGAACAGGGCUAUGGUACCGUGGUUUACUUGCGCAUUGUGUCAUUCGACGGUAUAACGAUUCAGCUUAUUGGUUCAAAGUCGAAAGUGGCUCCGCUUAAGUCUGUUACCAUGCCAAGGUUGGAGCUUUGCGCCGCGUUGUUGCUCUCGGAAUUGCUGGCAUACCGGUCGGACUCAACGAUCACGCUCUCGUGGAUACGUUCUCCUCCGCAUCGGUGGAAAACGUUCGUGCGUAAUCGAAUUGCGCGCGUGCAGGAGAACGUACCCAUUUCGGCUUGGGGUCACGUCGACAUCCACUCGAACCCCGUGGAUUAUUGCUCGCGUGGCCUAUACCCCAAGGAAUUAUUGAACUGUACCAUUUGGUGGCACGGUCCGGAGUGGUUGGUGGAUUUCGAGCCUCGGUCCGAGCCUGUCCUCGAAUCGGGUGUGCUGGGGGAGGAGGAAGAGGCCCACAGUUGGACCUUUACUGAGAACAUUAGUGAAAGCCACAUCCACCACAAUAACAUCAUGGUAUCACUAGAUGUGACUGCAUUGUUUACUAAUGUUCCUAAAGAACUAGUACUCAAAGGUAUUAAAAACAGAUGGCAUGAAAUUUCCAAGGCCACGACACUUAGCUUACCUCAAUUUUCACAUGCAAUAGAUUUAACUCUCAAUUCAACCAGCUUUUCUUUCAAUAACCAGAUAUAUGAACAGAUCUUCGGUAGUCCUAUGAGGUCUCCCCUAUUCCCUAUAUUAGCGGAUAUAGUUAUGGAUGACCUGGAGACACAUAGUAUUAAUUCGUUGGAUUUCGAGAUACAGGGAGAACAACAAAAUGAUAACGAAUUAGCAUAG